UUCUCUCCCCUCAUCUUAUGCUCCGUUCGUCGCUGUUAUACCCCAUUGACCACCCCAUCGAUGAUAUAAUUUCUCUCUCCCCUCUGUUCCCGGUGUUUUAUUCCGCUCUCUUCCCCAGCCAGUCCCCAGAACAACAAUCUUGGUUCAACCAACCCACUUUCCUUCCACCAGUCACCUAACUAAUCACACCAUCCCUCCAACAUCCCACUACAUCCUCCUACAUACAUACAGCCCAAAUCCCACCACCAAACACCAACCUCUAAUCAACUGACCUGUUACCUCCCACCGACACCACCCAUAAGACACCCCAAGCGAAACCCCAUCCCAAAGCACCGGACAAACACACCCCAAAAUGAACCGCAAACAACCCACCCAAAAGACCACCCUCCUCCUCUUAAGCGACACCCACACCCUCACCCCGCAACCCCCAACAUCCUCACCAGCCUCGUCCCCCUCCUCCCGAGACCAAGACUCCUCCCCGCCACCCCCGGCCUUCCUCGACCCCUUACCGGCCGCCGACAUCCUCAUCCACGCCGGCGACCUGACCAAAGUCUCGCGGCGCCACGAACACCUCACCACUCUGUCGUACCUGAAAUCCCACCCGGCGCGCCUGAAGCUCAUCAUCCCGGGCAACCACGACAUCACCUUCGACGCGCCCUACUACGAAACGCUGGGCCACCACCGCCACCGCAACCGGACGGACCACACGGCGCCGUCGGCGACGGCGUCCGCGGCGAACAUCAGCUCGGGGAAGGCGGAGCCCGGCCAGCUGGAGGAUCCCGAGGAGAUUCGCCGGUUGUACACCGGUCCGGAGGCGUGGGAUGCAGGGAUCCGGUUGUUGGGGGAGGGGGUGCAUGAGUUCGAGUUACCAGGACCACAAAAGAGACGGCUGAGGGUGUAUGCGUCGAGUUGGACGCCCGAGUUCUGUCAGUGGGCGUUUGGGUAUGAGCGCGGCGUGGAUCGGUUUAAUCCGCCUGCUGCUUCUUCGUCUGGGACCGUCGAGGGGAAGACGAAGGAGGAGGAGGAUGGUCAGGGGGAUGGGGUGGAAGAUGAACAGAACCCGGCCAUUGGAACGCGGACGGAGGAGCACCACCACCACCACCACCAUCACCACACAAACGGCCAUGCUCACCACCACAACCACAACCACAACCACAACCACCACCAAGACCCCCAACCCAACGAAACCACCGGCGAAACGCGCGAGCGCACCCGCACGCACGGCAGCACCGGCUCGCGUGGCGAGGGCGCGCGCGGCGCCAUUGCCGCCAACUCCGGCCGCGGCGGGUUCGUCGCCCCCGCGCCGAUCCCCGAUUCUCCCGAGGGCAUCGACAUCGUGAUCACCCACGGCCCGCCCUACGGGAUCCUGGACCAGGUCGUGCCCAACCAUGUCAGCGUCGGGUGCGAGCACCUGUACCGCGCGGUGAAGCGGGCCCGCCCCCGGCUGCACGUCUUCGGCCACAUCCACGAGGGGUACGGGGCCAUGCGCCGCGAGUGGAGCACGGGCAACGACUCGAUCAUCCAGUGCGACCAGCCGCGCACGCGCGAGGAGCACUGCGCCCGCGUCGACGUCAGCAAGACCAGCAUGAUGCCCUUGAACCCGGGCCAGGAGACCCUGUUCGUCAACGCCAGCGUCGUCAACGUGCAGUAUCAUCCCAUCAAUGCGCCGUGGUUGGUGGAGAUGGAGUUGCCGGUUGUCGAAGGGGAAUGAGGGUGAUCCAACCCCAAGCUCAGGAUGAAAGGGGUGGAGAUUAUUUCAAUUGGAGGGGAGAGACAGAAAGAGAGGAGGAGAGAAAUGACCUUAAUGUCUGUUGGCUGUCUUUGCUACUUGCUUUGCUGUUUGUUUGUGGCCUGCUUCUGUUUCUAUUGUUAUAUAUCCACCUUGCUUCCCCAUUCAAUAUUAUCAAGAGAAUGUACAAUUGUGUACUGGUAAUGGACUUCGGCAACAAUCUUGUAUACAACACCGAACUACCUAAUAAUACACCUAUCGGAACUCA